GUCGGUAAGUCGGUAAAGGUAGCGAAAAGGUAAGCUGUAGAAGCUAGACGGUAGCUGUGCGCGAAAUACUUUUGGUUAGCUGCGAGAUGUUGCAAGGCUAAGAGAAGAGUCGAAAAGUGCAGCAAUGUGGACAAGAGGAAACGUCUGAGCUCGAUGCGGGAUGAUCGCAAUGCGUCACCAGCUGUACAGCCUGUGCCGCCCAGGUAAAGCCACGCGAACAAAAGAACGACAGUGCGUCUGCUGUCCCUUAAACCUUACCAAAGCACACCUAUUGUCAUAAAGCAAAAAGCCAUAUUUGAAUCAUGCAGCUUUCAUCCAAGUUCAAAGCCCUGCUCCGGGGCUGCAGCCAGUCUUCAGCUGCUUCGCUGCGGGCCGCCGCACCCACAGCAGCAAGCCAGGUCGCGAUCAGCACCAGCAGCGGCAAGGCUUUCAGCUCCCAGGAGGGCAAGUCGGAGGAGGGACAGGCGCCACUGCCCGACUUUAACUACGGACCCCGCGGUGAUCGCGAUCCCCUGUCGGAGGUGACAGCGCCCGGACCCAGGAUCGGCAAAACAGCUCCUUCUUCCGACUCCUCAGGGCAGCAACAGCAGCAGGAGGAUACCCGAAGCGGCGAGGCGGGCGGCCUGGGCUCCCACCGGCCCCAGUCGGAGGGUAUCGAGAACCCCACGGAGGGCCCCGGCGACUAUUCACAACCGCAGAUCCGCUCCGAGACAUACGCCCGCGGCGGCAACAACAACGACCUGGGUCCGCGCCAGCGGCAGCAGCUGGUGGAUGAUGCGUCGGAGGAGGGCGGUGGCGCCGGGGGGCGCUGGGGCGGGGAGCGAGGGGAGGCAGCAGGCGGGGAUGCACGCAGCGAGGAGGAGCGGGUGACCGACCGGGCGGCGGUGGAGACGGCCGGGCCUGCAGGUCGGCUGGUGCACCCCAAGCAGGUGCGCUCCCAGGGCCCCGACCUGCCGCCCGGACAUGACGCCACCGGCUCCACCCUCAAGUCCACGGUAGACCAGUCGGACGCGUAGGAGAAGAGCGGAUGUAUACGGCUAUGCAGCUGGGGCGUCUUGGGGGCGGGGACGUUUUGCCGGGGUGUGGAGUACGUGCGGUGAAGAAAGGGGCUCAUGGCGGGACGAUGUUGGGUCUAUCGGUCGCUGCUGCAGCCGGGCCCGGGUUACCACGGCCAGCAGCGGCAGCGGCAGCUGCCGGCUGCAGCUGCGCGCGCGGACAUGUACGGCAGGACUGGGCGGCAUGUUUACAGUGCGUGUAAGAGUAAUGCAAGCAUGCGGUCAUGUGGAUGGAGGCGCUACGGGCUGGUGGUUAGGCCGGUUGUGCAUGACGGUAGUGCUUACGCACGCAUGUGGUUGGGUAUAGCAGGCGCGAGGCGUGUGAAGGAGCGCGCGUUGUGGGCCAUAGGUGGUUGUAUAGCCCUAGAUGGUUGUACGGCAUUGCAUGUAGUUGCUUUCGGGGUUGCGUGUGCCUCAUAAGCAAGCGCUGAGGUUGGGCGACAGUUGGUUGAAUACAGGACAGACGGAAAUAUUUCAAUAGUGCAUGUGCAGCGAAGCGCCGCCCCUCUUACAACACAUUGGUGUUCGCGCCGUUUACAACCCUUUAUUCGUGCUCCGUUGGUUCUCAAAACGCCAGGCCCGCAAACCAUGUACCCGUUGUAAGGCGCGUAAUGAUUUUUGUGCUACUUUGCGCUGCAAUCAGCCUUUGCGCUUA